AUGGCCCCAAAGAACAACGCCAAAGCUGCCAAGGGCAAGGGCAAAGAUGCCUCCGCCGAUGAUGCCAAAGGCAAAGGCGGAAAGGGAGGAGCUGUGAAAGGCGCACAGUCGAUUAACGUGCGACACAUUCUUUGCGAGAAACACGCCAAGAAAGAAGAAGCUCUAGAGAAGCUUCGCAAUGGCACCAAGUUUGAUGAGGUUGCUCGUGAAUUCUCGGAGGAUAAGGCUAGACAGGGAGGGUCGCUUGGAUGGAAGACGAAGGGUGGGCUGGACCCUGCAUUUGAGAAUGUUGCUUUUGAACUCGAAACUAGCACAACGGGAAAUCCCAAGUAUGCUGAGGUCAAGACUGGGUUUGGAUAUCACAUCAUCAUGGUUGAGGGCCGGAAGUGA